UCGACGUGCUGCUGUUGGCCGAGUCUAGUUUCAUAGAAGAGCCAAAAAAAUUGGAAAAAGCUUGAAGCUAGAUAGGAGCGAAUGUUCGGACGAAUCUGGUAUAUUAGCCCAUGCACAGGAAAGUCGGUCCUCGCUCGUCGUCCACAUCACCAGGAAUUUAAAGAAAAGACUUGUAGAAGAAGUACGUCCUGAAGCACCACUGAGCUGCAUACUGCUUACAACUUAUUUCACCGGACUGUAGUUGAUGUCGUUGAGAGAUUUAUUCGCUUUGCUCUCUGUCUCGUUCCUCGGACCUCGUUUCAAUGCGAUAGUUGCAAGUUUUAGUGCCUAUUUUAGAAAAUUAUCAUUCCACUAUUUGAAGACCAAAUACAGGUCCACCAUUUUGCAACCACCACCAGCACCACAACUUCCCCCCUACUAUUUUUCUUCCCGCGUAUUUGCUGCUUUGUUGCCUUUGUUUCUGCCUUUUUGGAGGACGUUUACCUUUACGACGAGCAGCCGCGUUUUGUACACUAUUUAUCCCCCCCGACCAGCUACACUAGUACCUCCUCAUCUUGCUGUCGAAUUAUUUCUUUGAAGAAAGGCCAUUAGUUUUGUUGAAAAUCGAAAUCCUCGAGUCUGGCAGAAACAAAAAAAUCGUAACCGAUUCGUUUUGAACGUGUAAGAAAGAGAGAUAUACGCACCGAAAAUGGCUUCGGUGCAGAAGGAAUCCACAUUUGAGAAGCGAUCCGCCGAGGCAAGGCGCAUCCUUGCCAAGUACCCGGAUCGCAUUCCAGUUAUCUGCGAGAAGGCGGCGCGGUCAGACCUCCCAGAUAUCGACAAGAAGAAGUUUUUGGUACUACUCAUACUCUAGUUUCUUCUCUAUGUUGCUGACCGGAUUGGAGCUUUUUUUAGUUUUUACUGACGAAGAAGUACAUCAUGCAGGGAGGAGCUGGAUGAACUUCAACAUCAAAACAUACUAAACAACAAUUCUGUAUCGAGAUUUCUGAAACAACUUUCUGUCACCUCGCAAAACCAACACGACAGGUUCCGGAUACGAUGCUCUGCGGGCAGUUUAAGUAUAUCAUCCACAAGCACAUCAAUCAAUGCGCUACUGCGGGGAGCCAAAUCAGUGCGGACCAGACAAUCUACCUUUUCGUGAACAACACCUCGCCAAAAACGGGGGCGCUGAUGAGCGAAAUCUACGACUCCUACAAAGCAGACGAUGGUUUUCUCUACAUCACCUAUUCGGCGGAAAACACGCUAGGGUAGAAGAGAGGACGGGGAGGUUGAUGGAGAGAGAAAAAUGGGAACAAGAACUUCUAGCACCACGCGUUUGAUGUUCGAAACAAAAAUUUUGAAAGGAACAACUAAAAACACACAGAAAGGAAGUAGAUGUAGAGCAACAUCCUCAAGAAGGAUCGAAACCAGGACCGACCGCAAUAAUACUCAGUCUCUAUGAAAAUGAAGUCAAGUCGUAGUGGGAGACCGCUGCUGCAGCUGCGGGAAGGCAGUGCCAAUGUGCUGGGAGAAGUGAAACUGCGCAGACAAGCAGAUGGAAAACGGUCUGCUGCAUUUUGCUCGCACCCAUCGAUCUGGCUCGCAUUUCUCGAAGUAGUAGUUUCAGCAAGUAGCGGGCGCAAAAAAGCGACGCUGUGAACAAUUCUCGUGCGCAAACGCUGAUAGCUUAAGCUUGUCGAAAAACUUCAUUUUUUGAUUUUUUGAAAAUAAAUCCGAAAGAUGGGUGGAGGGCGAAGGACCACUGCCACAUGAGGUCGAGGGCAAUGUUACGUGUCGAUCUCUACAACAUCGGGAUCGUGUCUCAGAUCUUCUGGUAGUUUAAUUGAUAGUUGGGGUGCAUGACUGACAAGCAGCAUUCUUUUUUGGAUCCUAUUUCAUAGGCCUAAAACUUUGCAACCGCACCACCGUAAAAAUAAUCACGAAGUUAUGAAGAUCCGGAUCUCGUCUUCCCUGUGACUUGAGUAUUCACAGACAAAACAACUACGUUUUAUCGCACUACAACUUUUGUUUUUACGAGCUGGAGAACCCUGUGUUUGCGCAAAAGAGCGUCACGCUUGCCUCACUUCCUCGCCGCUUGUUUGCAGGAAAUUCCCUGUUUACUAUCAUAUUUUUACACAGAUUGAUAGUAGUUAGAAGCCAGUCGCCUGGUGCUUUGACAGCCGUGCUUUUUCCACUAUCACACCAAUGAAUGUACAAAAGCUUUCGCCACCUGGUGCUGGUUUUCCUUGCCUAUUUUUAGGUACCUUCAAUUUUAGAACUACUACAUGAAAUCUACUACGAUGGUGUUGCCUACUCCUACCGUGAGCCUACUGAUCACUGGUAUUGGAGCUCUUGUUGUGCAAGCCAACCGCUCCUCCGUUGCACGGAGUUAUUUUUUAAGUUUGUGCUCCUGGUAUACUUGUUGUGACAAAAAAGAUUAUCGCAGAGCAAAGUCAUUGCCUUGCCUACAGGAUAGAA